UCUCCCCCCUCCUCCCCUCCGCCCUCCAGCAGGAGACCCGUCGUCGAGAGCAAGAAGCCCGGCGUCACUCGCAGCGAGACCGACGACUUCGACGUGACGAUGCUCGACAUGUACACCAACAUCUACACCAUGCGGCAGGACCUCGAGCGCCUCAAGAAGCCCAUCGGCACCAAGGAAAACCCGGCCAGGACGUGCAAGGACCUCUACUACGGAUACCCGAAGUUCAAGGAUGGCUGGUACUGGAUCGACCCGAACCUCGGCAUGCCCGACGACGCCGUCUACGUGUUCUGCAACAUGACCGUAGAGGGCGAGACGUGCGUGUUCCCCGACGUCAGGUCCUCCAAGAUCAUCAACAUCCCCUGGAGGAGGACGUCGAGGGACGAUGCCUGGUUCUCCGACCUGAGAGGCGGCUUCACGAUCACGUACGAGACAACGGGCGUGGUCCAGAUGAACUUCCUGCGCCUCCUCUCCUCCUACGCCUACCAGAACUUUACGUACACCUGCGUCCAGUCCAAAGCUUGGUUUGACCAAGAGAACCUCAACCACAAUAAAGCCAUCAAGCUCAUGGGACAAGAUGAACAGAUAUUUUCCAUCGACACACUUCAGCCGAAUGUUCUCACGGAUGGCUGUGCUGCCUCGACAGGCGUCUCGAAGGACAAGUCCCGGACCGUCUUCGAGGUGCGAACGGAGACCCUCUCCCAUCUUCCCCUCGUCGACUUCCAGCCAACGGAGUACGGCCUGCCCAACCAGGCGUUUGGCUUCGAGGCCGGGCCCGUCUGCUUCAAGUAGGAGCUUCGAACUCUCGUGCUUCACCUCGGCGCGCUUCGGGUCUUCGCUCCCGCCUCUGUCAUCGAUGGACGCCUCUUGCAACCCUCGCUCGACCUCCUCCGCCUCGCGCCUCGGGGGCCCACGUCGCCGGGCCGCGGGGCGCAGGAGACGGGUGGGCCUGGGACGUCCUGAAGGAAGGCCUGAAGGACCUGAAGAAGGACCCGAAGGACUUAGAGGCCCUGAAGACCAAAAGGAAGGUGCUGCCGAGGAUCCUAUCGAGGUCCCCGCCGUCGCAGCGAGCGCCGCCGCAGCCGAGGAAGCCGCAGCCGGUAGACCGUUAGCGCGACGACCAGGACGACGACCGUGGACACGCGUACGACCCUCGAGAUUGGAUUCCGACCGAAUGGCGACCCCCGCGAGUGCCCCCGACCCCCGCCUGACCACGGGGUCCCCCUCCAGGGACCCCACAGGAGACGACUGCGCGAUCAAUAGGAUGACCACGUUGAUGACCGACCGCUGUGUAACCCGGACUUACCGUAGUGAAAGCUCUUGCAGUGUUGAUGUAGCUAGCAGCAUCUUUGAAAAAAACCAUCCCGAGUUUCGUGCGAUGAGAGAGGUAAGGACCUUAGCGCUCGCCCGAGACGGCGCAGCGAAACCUCAGAGACGCGAAAAUGGUGUAAUUAAUAUAUGUACAAAGUGUAUACAGUUGGGAGUUUUGUGCUUAAUUUUUGUAAGCCACAAGAGUGUCUGUAGAGUCACUGCCAGUUCCUCUUCUCUGUAUUUUCACCAACUUGUCUCUUCUCUUUUCACAUGGGGCGAUUUAAGAUAUUGCUUUUAUUAUAAGAAUAGUCUUUUUUACAAUUUGUAUAAAGUCUUAACGAAAUGUUGGAAUUGUCCAAUUAUGUUUUUCUUAUUAGACAAGAAUGGAUCUAUUCUUGAAUAAUACAA